AUGUUCUUCUCAAAGCUGGGACUUUUGGUCCUCAGUGGUGCAUCUGCUGUUCUCGGUGCUUCCUACUCCAACCCUCUGGAGCCCAAGGACGGCGGUGAUCCUUCCAUCGUCUGGUACGAUGGCUACUGGUACUUUACUGCAACCAACUACCGCGACAUCAGCGUCAGACGCGCAACAACGCUCGAUGGACUCAAGACUGCUCUGCCAAAGACAGUAUGGGCACCUAGUGCAGAAUUCCCUACUCGCCAAUGCAACAUCUGGGCACCAGAGCUGCACAUCGUAGACGGACAAUGGCACAUCUACUUCUCUGCCGGUGGCUGUGGCGAUGGCUCGAUCCAACAAUCCCAAAUCCUUCGCGGUGGCGAGUCUCCCUGGGACAAUUUCGACUUUCACGGCACUGUCAACGCACCCGCCUGGUCAAUCGACGGCACACCCCUAACCAUAAACGGUCAAAACUACUUCGUCUACUCCUGCUUCCGCUCCGACACUGGCGAAAACCUACAAUCCCUCUGCAUCGGCAAAAACAGCGAUAUUCUCACCAUCGGCGAAGAACACCUCCUCGCCUCCCCCACCGAAGCCUGGGAACGCAAUGGCCAAAUGCCUGUAAACGAAGGUCCGUUCGCCCUUUACAACAACAACCGCACAUUCCUCUCCUACUCCGGCUCUUUCUGCUGGGACCCUUCAUAUUCGCUCGGAUUACUCGAAUAUGUAGGCGGUGACCCAUUGGAGCCAAGUAGUUGGGUAAAAACUGGUCCGCAUUUCAGCCAGGCGAAUGGCAUGUAUAGUACUGGACAUAACAGCUUCUUCGCCAGUCCUGAUGGUACGGAGACAUGGAUGGCUUAUCAUUCUUCUCCUAACCCUGCUGGCAGUUGUGGAGAUAGGUAUUCGAAUGCGAAGAAGAUUGAUUUCGAGGCUGAUGGAUUUCCGAUCCUUGGCGCUCCUGUUGCUGAAGGAGAGGUUUUGGCUGGUCCUGCUGGUGAGCCGGCUGCUUAGGUGGUCCAGAUGGAAUACACGAAAAGCAAUAGUUUAUGAUGUACUGAUGAC